GCCUCAAACACGUUUUAUAUUACAUGGCGUCGGUGCUUAUCAGUGACUUCAGCUGCCGACGCUUGUUAGAUUGCCGGCUUCAUAGUCUGACAGGAACAGGCCAUUCUAACCAAUGAAGCAACGCCCUGCGUACGUAGUAUUGGAAGAAACUCGUGUAACGGUCUGACCAUCCCUUCAUCCUGAGGCUGAGGGCGUGCCUUAGUCUAAGAUCAACGUAUUAGCGGGCUGAUUCUCGAAUUCUUCUGGGGACAAGAUGCCGUGUUUACCGAUUUAUCGCUCCCUCAUGCGGCCUUAUGUUAUUAGACAUAUGUCACUGCUACCACGUUAUAGUAGCCCUGUUGCACUAACACUCUUCUUCUUAUUCUCUCAUUUCUCCUGAUGUGCGAAAAUUAAUCAUUAUGGCUUCUCGCGUGCCUUACCGUGUGUUCCUCUCGUUGAUACCCCUCGUCUGUGUGGUCGUGCUUCUAUCUAAGCAACCGUUCUUCGAUCGCUCACACAUUCAUCGCAUUACUGAUACAGAUAUCGGCGUUUCUCUCUCACUUCCGCGACUUAACUUUUCAAGGCCGCAUCACGAAUAUUACGCAUCAGAUGUCGCUCGCUCGUUAUGCGCCUCACAUGGUUACACCGUCUUCAAACCUCAUCCCGAUGCGCCAAACGGUCGUCGCAAGAUUUACGACCUCUUCAUGGUCAAUACAGAGCUGGACUUUCUCGAGAUUCGACUAAAGACCCUGUACAAUUAUGUCGAUUAUUUUGUUGUCGUUGAGGCACCACUUACCUUUCAGGGUGGCCCCAAGGAUCUUGUCAUCCGCAACAACUGGAAACGCUUUGAGCCAUACCACGACAAAAUGAUAUACCAUAAACUCGAGUAUCCGAAAGGCUUCAAGCCCUUGCGCCACUGGGAUCGAGAAGACUUACAGCGGAAUGCUAUGUUCGAUCAAGUCUUCCCAAAGCUCGCUGGCGAGCAAACCCCAACUCAAGGCGAUGUCAUUCUGGUUGCCGAUGUCGACGAGAUUCUGCGCCCAGCAACGAUGCUGGUCCUUCGAACAUGCAACUUCCCUCGUCGUCUGACACUCUCGUCCAAGUUUUACUAUUAUUCCUUCCAAUUCCUUCACGAUGGGCCCGAGUGGCCAUUUCCACAGGCGACCUAUUACCAAGGCAUGCACAAUACCAUUCUUCCUGGAAAUUUGCGAACUGGUGAUGCAGGAAUUCCUCUGCUGAGGGACUUGGAAAAGGGAACAUUGGCCAAUGCCGGUUGGCACUGCAGUUCGUGCUUUUCGACAAUAGAUCAAUUCCUGAACAAAAUGGCAAGUUUCUCGCAUGCGUGGAUGAACCACAAGUCCUUCCGCGAUCGAGAUCGUAUCGCAAGUGCGAUACGUGAUGGCGUUGACCUAUGGGGACGUAAAGAGAACACCUUCACUCGAAUAGACAAUAAUGCCGAUCUUCCAACUUGUCUGCUUGAGGAUCGGGAGAGAUUUCGAUAUAUGUUGGAUCGAAGUGGCAAGACAGCGGGGUUUAGCGAUUACCCAUGAACUUCUCUUUUGUGACGGAUGAUCAUGAGAAAUGUAUUGGGCACGGAUUGGUUUGGUUCAUGGUUUCUAGAUGUAGUUAGUUAUGAGAAUCGAGAUACCCCUUGAAUAAUGAAGUGUUUCAGCCUCCAGCGACUUCCAAGCCUCAACUUUGGAGUAACUGCGCCUCGGUACGGAAUAUUCACAAGUGUCUUCGACAUUCGUGCACAUGAAUACUUCAUUGUUGACCAGAUAGGUAUUGUUCGAUAUUGUCAUGA